AUGAGAGUGACGAAAAAGGGCAGAAAAGAGGAGGUGGUGGCGAUCAAACAAGAUCCAGAGCUUGUUGAUGGGUCUGGGCUGGCGUCUCCCGCAGUUUCUUACGAUAGUUCUUCUUCGGCAUCGUUUGGUAAGCUCCCUAACUUGGAGCAGAUGAAUUCUGAGAUCGGUUCGGUGAGAACCCGCGAUAGCAGCAUCGAGCUGGAGUCCUCAUUUCUGGUGAUGCCGGUGAAUCGGAACUCACAGAUGGCAUCCAAGGGCCCGCCUUCCUACGCUAAAAAGAUCUGGAAGAUAAAUAAGUUUAAGACGGACGAUGCCGAAAAGCAGUCGAAAAUAAUACAGGAUGCCCAAAACCUCGUAUUAAACGACUCUUCCGCCAAGACGAACAAGCAUGGAUUCAGGAAAACCAACGUCAAGCCCAAAGUCAGCAAGGAGGGCACUCCAAAGGAGUUUUUAUUCGUGAACUGUACGCCGACUGCUGCUGCAGAAUCUCCGGCAGAUGAGCACGAAAAAAAAGCUACAGCCGGGCCUCGCAGAGUUUCGCGGCUUUUCGGAAGUCGCUCAUUGAAAAAGGACAAGGACAGCAAGGAAGCGGACUCUCAGCCCCAGACAGUCAAAACGGAAGCUCAGGAGCAAAACCCGAACGGGCGCAUGCCGUUUUCGAAUUCUUCGUCGUCAGUGUUUGUGGGGCCAGAAUCGUCAAAAAGAUCGUCUCUACGAAAAUUUUGCAGCCGCAAACCAAAAGGCGAGGUCCACCAACCGGUUGACUCGUCCUCCGCAGCGACUCCCUCAGAGUACUCCUUGACUCCCAAGAGCGCCACAGGCAACCCGAAUGCGCCCUACACGCCGAUAACGCCAAUUCUGUCCACAAGCUCUUCCAUGACCUCGAUGGUCUCUAGUGCCACUCCACAGCCGGAAAACUCUGCUUGGUUUGGACAAUAUUCGACGCCGUUCACGAUGUCAGCUACCGUGGGUGCUCGUGACCGCUCGGACUCGCUGCAAAAUAAACAGCUACUGCAGUCGCCAAUGGUCAACACGCCAUCGCAGCACGGAGACAACGAGUCUGGAACUCCGUACGACGAAUUGGUCGAGGUAUCUCCGGUUAGUACCUCUGUUACUAAGAAAAUGAAGACUCUCAGACGGUCAAACUCCAUAAUCUCGGUGAUUUCUGUCUCAUCCCAGUCCCAGUAUCCUCCGUCAUCCCUUUCUUCUGGUGGUUUUUCCGGCCUCGGAGCAGCAUUCUCGCCAUCAAACCCUGGAUCGGCUUUUUCCAGCAACAGAGUUGCACCAAGAACUCGUUCGGCAAGCAACACAGUACCCAACACGGCCCAGAAAAAUCCGUUGAUCAAGACUCUAAGCCAUCAGAGUAUGCAGUAUGUUUAUCCGACAGUUCCAAAAAAUGCCCCUCCCGGCGUCAAUCAGCCUCUCGUGGAUCCGCAGUUCAUAAACCACAACGAGUACUCCCCAUUCGCCCAACAGCAACAACUAGAUACCUAUUUCGAGGCCUCUCCGUCCUUUCAAGAAACAUCUUAUCCGUACGCUUUGACUAUGGAAGAGCUCAAAAAACAGCAUGACGACCUUAUACAACAGCAUCAGUCGUUGUUCUAUUCGUUUGGCCCGAUGGAACAGGAGCAGAUACCAGUAGCCAACUACGGCACUCCUGUCACAAGUUUGUAUUCUUCAACUCCAUUGGGCCACUCGAACAGCACGUUCACUACCAAUUCUGCCCAAGACCCGUCACAAACUCAAACUGGUCUGGAUCAAGAGAGUUUUGACCUGCACUCCUUUAUUGAAGGGAACCGUCAUUGCAACUAA